UUAAAUCAGUGCGAAAGGUGCAAAACAGUACAUAAAACUCAUAAAACAGUUUUAGACGGUCCCAGACGAAGGAAUAAAUUAGCGCUGCAAAUACAUUUAUAUUUUUUGGCCGCAGGAUUUGAUUGACAAGUGCGAACACGGUGGAUUUUUCCGGUAUUACUCCGAUGGCCUCGGUGCGCAUUCCCGAGCAGAAAAUUAUACUUUGCGGUGAAUACGGAGUGGGGAAGAGUUCGAUAUUUCGGCGCUUUGCCACUAAUACGUUCGUAACCGCAACCGAUAGAAAGUCCACGCUGGGGCUAGACCAUUUCGAUCGGAAUUUCGCCGUAGGAGAGCGGAACGUUAAGCUUCAACUUUGGGAUACCGGUGGCAUGGAACGGGUCGCCUCAGUAACCUCUAGCUAUUACAAAUUUGCGGAAGCCGCCCUGUUGGUGUUUGCGCUCGAUAAUCCCGCAUCGUUCCACUCCUUAUCUCAGCAUAUGCUGGAUGUAGUGACAUACGCGGAGAAUGCCAAGAUUUUUCUCGUUGGCAACAAGGUAGAUCUAGAGCAAACUGGUGAUCCGGAAGUAACUGACGAGGAUAUGGAAUCGUUUUGUGAACAAUGCCAUAGCCUGAUCAGUGCGACUUAUAAAACAUCAUGCAAAACGGGCGACGGGCUAGAAGAAAUGUUUCAGGAUAUUGCGAACACUCUGGUGGAAUCGAAUCGGUCGCGUUUGGAACUGCAAGCACUAGAGCAACAUGGCUUUAAAAUCGAACCGCCGGAGGAGAUAGGAGAACCGUCUUGUCUUUGCUAGUAUUUCGUGCCCUAGACAGGGCACUUUUCAUACGUGUAUAAUCUGCGACGCCGAUAUUUGAUAAGACAGCCGUCCGAGUGAGCAUUUGAUACCUUUUGAAGACGGAGAAUUUUGAUUAGAUUUGCUUUGCUUGAUUUAAAGCAAGCACUUUCCCAAUUAAAAUAUGUAGUUCGACAAAUAGAGUGCCAUACAUUCGUCGGGGUACGAGAUGUACUAACGAAAGGCAAGACGUCUAAACUUAAGUCAAUGGUUCUGAAACAUAACUUUGCAUUAAUCAAUCACAAAAAUAAUUUAUAUUGUACCGCUAAAUUUUUAAUACCAAAACUAUGCUUAUUGCAUGAAAAUAAAUAGGAAUGUAAUGAAGCUUCAUAUAUCAUAACUACAAAUAAAACUCAUCUUAUCCAUUGCUGAGGCAAUGUCACUAAAAAUAUAAAUAAAUGA